AGAAUGGUAUGUGUUCAUUGUAAAUUAGGGAUUGUUGAAUAUCAUUCGAAAGAUCAAAAAGUCAGAAAAGGAAUUGAGAAUACUUGUCUUAGGAUUAGAUAAUGCGGGUAAAACUACUAUUCUAAAGGCUUUGUCUAAUGAGGACAUCAAUCAAAUUGCUCCUACACAUGGUUUUAAUAUCAAAAAUUUAUAACAUGAAGGAUUUAAACUUAAUGUUUGGGAUGUAGGAGGUUAAGAGGUAUGCUUUUUGUUGCAUAAUAGAAAUUACGUGAAUAUUGGAGUAAUUUCUAUGAAAAUACUGAUGCUUUAGUAUUUGUUAUAGAUUCAUCAGAUUAAAUGCGUUUGGAAGAGGGAGGCAAAGAAUUGGACAAAUUAUUAGGAGAGGCUGAAUUAAAGAAAGUGCCACUUUUGGUAUUUGCAAAUAAAUAAGAUUUGGUGCAAGCUCUUCCAGCAGAUGAGGUUAAUAUGCUUACUUAAUUCAGAUCUCUGAUAGUUUGAAAUUAAAUAAAAUUACAGAUAGAUAAUGGUCGAUUGUAGCAUGUUCAGCUAAAACCCAAGAAGGAUUACAAGAAGGAAUGGAAUGGCUUAUUAAGACAGUCUAAGAUAAAUGAAUAUUAAAUAAUAAAUAUUAUUA